CCCGGUCACUAUUUCAGCGUUGACCUGUGCCCUUCUCUUUCUUCUUCCGCUUCCGGCAGCACCAGAUAUAAAAAAUGGUUCAGCGCCUGACCUACCGCCGUAGGUUAUCCUACAACACAGCCUCCAACAAGACCAGGCUGUCCCGAACACCAGGUAACAGGAUUGUUUACCUUUACACCAAGAAAGUUGGCAAAGCACCCAAGUCUGCAUGUGGUGUGUGCCCAGGAAGGCUUCGUGGUGUUCGUGCUGUACGUCCUAAAGUCCUUAUGAGACUGUCCAAAACAAAGAAGCACGUUAGCAGGGCUUAUGGUGGUUCCAUGUGUGCUAAAUGUGUCCGUGACAGAAUCAAACGAGCUUUUCUUAUUGAGGAACAGAAGAUCGUUGUGAAAGUGUUGAAGGCACAAGCACAGAGCCAGAAAUCUAAGUGAAUCUAUUUGUACUGUCUACCUAAUAAAUGAGAAUUCAACUUU